UAGAGUGGAGAACCCUAGAAGGGCCCGCGAGGGAUGUGGGAUAGAAGCUGGCUUUGGGAGACCGAAUUCUUCGCCUCCUUCCGCAUUUCUGGGCCCAGCUGCAGACAGAGCGACGGCUCGGGGCAAGGGGAAGCUUUAGAAAUUUGGUGUGCAGGAACAUGUCUCAGUCGGCUGAAAAAGUAAAGUUUUCUGACUCGGCUGGAUAUGUGGGGUUUGCCAACCUCCCCAACCAAGUCCACCGGAAGUCAGUCAAGAAAGGGUUUGAAUUCACCCUCAUGGUUGUCGGAGAGUCUGGUUUGGGCAAAUCCACUUUAAUCAACAGUUUAUUCCUGACGGAUCUGUAUCCUGAACGUUACAUCCCUGGAGCUGGAGAAAAGAUCGAAAGGACAGUUCAGAUCGAAGCUUCGACCGUCGAAAUCGAAGAGCGAGGGGUCAAGCUGCGUUUGACGGUGGUGGAUACUCCCGGCUACGGAGAUGCCAUCAACAGCCAAAACUGUUUCAAAACCAUCAUCCAUUAUAUCGACAAUCAGUUUGAACGAUACCUUCACGAUGAGAGUGGCUUGAAUCGGCGCCAUAUUGUAGACAAUCGGGUGCAUUGCUGUUUUUAUUUCAUUUCUCCUUUUGGACACGGACUGAAACCUUUGGAUGUGGAAUUCAUGAAGGCAAUUCAUGGAAAAGUGAAUAUUGUUCCUGUCAUAGCGAAGGCAGACACUUUAACUUUGAAGGAAAGGGAGAGACUGAAGAGAAGGGUGUUAGACGAAAUAUCUGAGCACGGCAUCCGGAUUUACCAGCUGCCCGAUGCCGACUCCGACGAGGACGAAGAGUUCAAAGAACAGACGAGGGUCCUGAAGGCCAGUGUUCCUUUUGCUGUCAUCGGGUCCAACCAGCUGAUCGAAGUGAAGGGGAAAAAGAUCCGAGGCCGCCUCUACCCCUGGGGUGUGGUGGAAGUAGAGAACCCCGAACACAACGAUUUCCUCAAGUUACGCACGAUGUUAGUGACGCACAUGCAAGACCUCCAGGAGGUAACCCAGGAUUUGCAUUACGAAAAUUUCCGGUCGGAGAGAUUAAAAAGGACUGGCAAGCCUGCGGAAGAAGAAGUCAUGGACAAAGACAGAAUCCUUCAGCAGAAGGAAGCUGAGUUGCGUCGUAUGCAGGAGAUGAUCGCCCAAAUGCAAGCCCAGAUGAGGAUGAAACCUGCGGACGAGUAAGGAGGUAUCCUAAGACUUUUGACGCGGGGACUCGAUGGUCUUAAGGCAAAGGGGCCAUGAAUUGAAAUUGAAUUUCAAUGAUGACACUAAUGGAUUGGAGAGGUUCAUGCUUGGAUGCCGGACCAGGAUAUAUGACCCAGUGCAGCUAAAAAAAAAACCCUUGAAGUUCACAUUGGAAAAUCGAACCCACCUGUCUGCGUAUACGUAUAAUAACAUCGCUUAUAUCUACUUUCGCGUCUUGCUAUGCAUGAAUGUAGCAUCACAAUAUGGCACCUAUUAUUUUUGCUCCCUCCUUUGCAUCCUUCGAUGUGUGUCUCUUGCAUUGUUUAAAACCCCCAAUUUAACAUGGCACGUUUAUAUCUGCUAAACUUUAUAGAAGCAGGACUUAUUCCGUUUUUCUCUUCUGCCCUGGUGGCUCUGGAUAUGUUUCUUUCUUUCUUUCUUUUGUUAAGCAAAUUCCUGAAUCUUUACUCCUAAACGUGCCCUGUCGGGAUUAUAUUUUAGUUAAGUCUUGCCUGAUUCUUCAGAACCUUGUGAGCUGUAUAUAUACGUUUAUUUGCAGCCCCUAGGUGAGUUUAUAGCAUUCUUCUCUCUGCUUCGUAAAAAAAAAAACAUUUGCAGGUCACAUGGGAUCAAAUUCUCAUAUGUAUGUAAAGAAAGAAGCAGACAUUCUGCGAGCUCCAUAACUUAAAAUUUUAAGUUCCGAAGCUCGCAGAAUGUCUGCUUCUUUCUUUACUUAAUAUACCUGGAACUCGUACGGUACAGAACAUAUAACUUGCCAAGGAUGUGAAAAAUUUGGAGAGUUUCACCCACAAUGCCUUAAAAAAUCAUGGGUAGAACAUUACACACCCAUCUUUUCUAAAAGAGAUUUCUAAAUUUCUUUCUUAAAAAAAUCGGUCAUGGGGUUUUUGGGGGAGAUAUGAGGUUCUCACCACGUUUUCUAUCCAAUUUAAGCUCUGCUCAGUUGAGAGAACAAUGAUAUAAAUCCUCAAAGGAUUUGGUAGGCAUCAUGACACUAAUUUUCUGGACCUUUUUUUUGUAAUAAACGGAAUCAAAUUGACAAAA